AUGUCGACGUCUGCCGAGUGUAAUGCUGUACUGAAGGACACUAUAAGCCCUUCACUUCUCGGCCAAGUACGAAAAGUCUGGUUCGAGCAUAUAAAGACUGAGGAUGGCCUGAUCUUUCCGAGCCAGGACGAUUUCAAACGGUGGUUUGUCCGCGAUGAAAGUUUUGAUCAGAUUUGCGCAGAACAAUUCAAGACUGCCCUUGACCAGAUUCUGGAGUCCAAGGCAAGCGCGCAAGACAUGUUGGAGGUGAUUGAUACCUCUUCCCCGCUCGACUGGCUCAGCGUCAUCCUCCUUCUUGAUCAAGUUCCUCGAAAUUGUUAUCGUGGAGACGCUUCGAAGAUGGUCUUCGAGCGCUUCGAUCCUCUUGCUGAAGCGGUGGCUCUGCGUGACAUUGAUGCCGGUAUACCUGCCAUGUCCUCAGUGGUGCGCUAUCGUCUCGCCUAUCGAAUGUGGUUCCAACUGCCGUUGAUGCACUCCGAAAAGCUCAGUGUCCAUGAAAAGGCCGUGGCGCAGUAUGAAAACAUCGCCAAAGAUGUCGAUGAUCUUUUGACCCAAAAUCCGUCCACGUUGGGGGACGAUGAAAAAGAAUGCCACAAAGUCUUGUCAAAGAACACUGAGGCUGUCCAUGGAUCGCUGUCCCAUCAAUUGGAAUUCGAGAAACGGCACAAAGUGAUCAUCCAGCGCUUUGGUCGGUACCCUCAUCGAAACCAGGCUUUGGGUCGGUCAUCGACUGCGGAGGAGGUGGAAUAUCUAGAAAAUGGUGGUGAGACAUUUGCGCAGUAG